AUGAAGUUCCUCUCCCUCCUUUCUUUCGCCUUCAUUGCCGCGGCUUACGUCUCCGCCAACUCCGCUAUCGCCACCGGCGCAGAUGAAGGCAAAGUGCCUCAGAUGCUCAACCUCAUAAGCAAGUUCGAGCACGCUAACCCGUCUGACCCGAGCUUUGCUACUGACUAUGCCGCCGAGCUACCCCGCCUUGCUUCACUCCACAAGGACGUCGAGGACCAGUUUGGCGAGAAGCAGGUGAGGAAGCUCUACGGCGGCGACAAGUCUGCCGACAAGCUCGUCGAGCUGGUCAAGUCAGUCAAGCCACAGAAGCGAGAUGCCCAAGCCAAGCCUCCCAAGGCCUCUGACAAGAAGAAAAAUGACAACAAGGAUCAGGAGGUGAACAAGCACAAGCAGAAUGAGAAGCAGUCGUCUGAUCACAAGAACUCUAGUGCUGAUAAGCACAAUAUCAGUCACAGUCAGGCAGUCAACAAGCACAAUCACAGCAAAAAGCAGUCCUCCGCACACAAGAAGAAUUCUGUCGACAAACAUGGCCAUCGUGGCCACGAGGCUAAUAAGGGUACGCAUGGUGAAAAGCAGCCCACCGCUCACAAGAGCACUCCCGCUGAAGAGUCUGAGAAACCAGCCACCGAAGACAAAGUCGUCGAGCGCGCCCAGUUGGCCAAGCCCCAAACGAAGCCUGCUCAUCACAAGGAGGUCACUCACAAGAAGCAGCCUGCUCACUCGCACAAAGAUGCUGUGCACAAGCACGACAAGGAGGGUGAGAAGAAACAUCAAUCCCACAAGCAACACCCCGCCGAGCACCACAAAAAGACUGCCCCCUCUGAUGGCAAGCUUACCGAGCGCGCCAAUGAGCCUAAAAAGCACUCCGACACUCAGGAGAAUAGCAAGACUAAGAAGGGACCAGCUGCCCACAAGGACUCUGAUGGUAAGAGGAACAAAAGUGACCACAGUCACCUGGUCAACAAGCACAAGCAAGGCGAAAAGCCGUCGACGGCUCACAAGCAGACCGCGGACAAAUCUGCUCACCCUCAAGCCAAGCAAAACAAGAAACCUGCUCACAUGCACAAGUCCAAGACUGCGCCCAUUGUCUCGGCUUGA